AUGGUAUCAAAUGAUGAACUUCAGUACAUGGGGAUUAUCUGGCUGCUUCAGCAUUUUGGCUGGAUGUGGGUCGGGCUGUUUGCUGUGGAUAAUGACAAUGGAGAACAUUUCUUGAAAGUCCUGGAGCCACUGCUUUCCAAACAUGGAAUCUGUUCAGACUUCACUGAAAGAUGUCCAAACACUAUUGGAGUGAACAAAAUAUUUGAUGUUAAUGAGAUAUUAUCAACUAUAUAUCGACCUUUCACAGAAAGCAAAGCCAAUGCAUACAUCUUCUAUGGAGAAUCAAGAACCUUUCUGAUAUUUAUCACUUGUAUGCUCCUAGGAGAUCCUGGAUAUAAAGAAAAUGCCUCCUACAGAAAGGUGUGGAUUCUGACAGGCCAGGUUGAUUUUGCAUUAGUAGGUAGUCAAAAGCACUGGGACUUCCAAUACUUUGAUGGUGCAAUUUCCUUCACAGCUCACUCAAAUGAAGUAGCUGGAUUUCAGACAUUUCUUCAGAAUGUAAACCCUAAGUGGGAAAAAGUAGAUUGUUUUCUAGAGACCUUUUGGGAACAAGCCUUUGAUUGUACUCUUCAGAGUCUCCAGAAGGGAAUGAAGAUCCCGGAUGCAUGUACUGGAGAGGAGAGGCUAGUGAACCUCCCUAGCGCAGUUUUUGAAAUGGACAUGAGUGGUCAUAGUUACAGCAUCUAUAAUGCAGUCUAUGCUGUGGCACAUGCAUUGUAUGCUGUGUACUCAUCCAGAUCCAUCUACAGAGCAAUUCCGGUGGAGCAGGGGGUGCCCCUUUCCUUGUGCAAUGAUUACUGCCCGCCUGGCUAUCACAAGAAGAAGAAGGAAGGGAAGAAAUUCUGCUGCUACGAUUGUGCUCCGUGUCCACAAGGAAAGAUUUCAAACCAUGUGGAUAUGGAUGACUGUGUUCUAUGUCAAGAAAAUCAGUAUCCAAGCAAGCAUCAAGAUCAAUGUAUUCCCAAAAUGAAAAACUUCCUAUCUUAUGAAGAACCUUUAGGGAUCUCUUUGACUUCCAUUGCUGUAACCUUAUCUGUAAUCACACUGUUGGUUCUAGGAAUUUUUAUUAAGUACCAAGAUACUCCCAUAGUCAAAGCCAACAACAGAGAUCUCAGCUACAUACUUCUGGUCGGCCUUCUGUUCUGUUUCCUCUGCUCUUUGCUUUUCCUUGGAAGACCAAGGAAGUUAACCUGCUGGCUCCAGAAACCUGCUUUUGGUAUCAUCUUCUCAGUGGCUGUUUCUUGUGUGUUGGCUAAAACCAUCACUGUGGUUGUAGCUUUUAUGGCCACCAAACCAGGGACCGACAUGAGAAAGUGGGUGGGGAGAAGACUGAGCAAUUCUAUUGUCCUUUCCUGCUCUCUUAUUCAAGCAGGUAUUUGUGUAAUGUGGCUGGGAACUUCCCCCCCUUUCCCAGAUUUAGAUGCACAGUCCAUGACUGAAGAGAUAGUGAUACAAUGCAAUCCAGGGUCUAUCACCAUGUUCUACAUGAUCCUCAGCUACAUGGGACUUCUGUCCAUUCUCAGUUUGAUCGUGGCGUUUCUUGCUAGGAAUUUGCCAGACAGUUUCAAUGAGGCCAAGUUCAUCACCUUCAGUAUGCUGAUAUUUUUCAGUGUUUGGUUGUCUUUUGUUCCAACCUACCUGAGCACCAAAGGAAAAUACAUGGUAGCUGUGGAGAUCUUCUCCAUCUUGACCUCCAGCAGUGGCUUACUAUGCUUCAUCUUUUUCCCAAAAUGUUACAUUAUUCUGCUGAGACCUCAACUGAAUCACAGGAAACAGCUAAUUAGAAGAAAUACUUAG